GCGACGCUGGGUGCAGGGGAGAGCACAGCUGUACUGUGCGGCAGAGGCGCUGCUAGAGAGAGCGGACACACACCGGACUGCCCGCAGCUCUGUUCUUUGCAUUGGACCGAAGCAUGGCUGACCCCGUAGACGGCGAGCCCGGGAAUGACAUCGCCACCCGCUUCGCCAGGAAGGGAGCUCUGAGGCAGAAGAACGUGCAUGAGGUUAAGGAGCACAAGUUCACAGCGCGCUUCUUCAAGCAGCCCACCUUCUGCAGCCACUGCACCGACUUCAUCUGGGGUUUUGGCAAGCAGGGAUUCCAGUGUCAAGUCUGUUGCUUCGUGGUGCACAAGCGGUGUCAUGAGUUUGUCACGUUUUCCUGCCCGGGUGCAGAUAAAGGGCCAGCAUCUGAUGACCCCCGGAGCAAACACAAGUUCAAAAUCCACACGUACUCCAGCCCGACAUUCUGCGACCACUGCGGCUCAUUGCUCUACGGUCUCAUCCACCAGGGGAUGAAAUGUGAAACCUGCAUGAUGAAUGUCCACAAGCGCUGCGUAAUGAACGUGCCAAGUCUGUGCGGCACCGACCACACGGAGCGCAGAGGAAGGAUACACAUCAAGGCUGAGAUCAGCGAGGAAGUACUGACGGUGACUGUCGGGGAUGCAAAAAACCUAAUUCCGAUGGACCCCAAUGGGCUUUCCGACCCAUAUGUAAAACUGAAACUCAUCCCAGACCCAAAGAGUGAGAGCAAACAAAAGACCAGAACUAUUAAGUGUUCCCUGAACCCGACCUGGAAUGAGACCUUUAAAUUCCAGCUGAAGGAAUCCGAUAAAGAUCGCAGGUUGUCUGUGGAAAUCUGGGACUGGGACUUAACCAGUAGGAAUGAUUUCAUGGGGUCCCUGUCAUUUGGGAUUUCAGAGCUACUGAAGGCUGGUGUAGACGGUUGGUUCAAGUUGCUUAGCCAGGAGGAGGGAGAAUACUUUAAUGUACCUGUGCCAGCUGAAGGAGAAGAGGGCAACGAAGAGCUGCGUCAGAAGUUCGAGAGAGCUAAAAUCGGUCCCGGGACCAAAGCAGCUGAAGAGAAGGCGGUGAACCCAGUGCCCAAGGUGGACAACAAUGCAAACAGGGACCGUAUGAAAGUGUCAGACUUCAACUUCUUGAAGGUUCUGGGGAAAGGGAGCUUUGGGAAGGUGAUCCUGGCAGAGAGGAAAGGAACAGAUGAGCUCUAUGCAAUAAAGAUCCUGAAGAAGGACGUGGUGAUUCAGGACGACGAUGUUGAGUGCACAAUGGUUGAGAAGAGGGUUUUGGCUCUGUCUGGGAAGCCCCCUUUCCUCACUCACCUACACUCCUGUUUCCAGACAAUGGAUCGCCUUUACUUUGUCAUGGAAUAUGUCAACGGCGGAGACCUCAUGUACCAGAUCCAGCAGGUUGGCCGAUUCAAGGAACCACAUGCAGUAUUCUAUGCAGGAGAGAUAGCCAUCGGCCUGCUCUUUCUGCACAGCAAAGGCAUCGUCUACAGGGACCUAAAGCUGGAUAACGUCAUGCUCGAUUCAGAAGGGCACAUAAAGAUCGCAGACUUCGGCAUGUGUAAGGAGAACAUGUGGGAUGGGGUAACGACAAAGACAUUCUGUGGCACGCCAGACUACAUAGCUCCCGAGAUUAUAGCUUACCAGCCCUAUGCCAAAUCAGUGGAUUGGUGGGCAUUCGGGAUCCUGUUGUAUGAGAUGUUAGCCGGGCAGGCUCCUUUUGAAGGUGAAGAUGAGGAUGAAUUAUUCCAGUCCAUCAUGGAGCAUAAUGUAGCAUAUCCCAAAUCAAUGUCCAAGGAAGCUGUGGCCAUCUGUAAAGGGCUGAUGACAAAGCAUCCCGGGAAGCGGCUGGGCUGUGGCCCAGAGGGGGAACGAGACAUUAAGGACCAUGCCUUUUUCCGAUAUAUAGACUGGGAGAAGCUAGAAAGGAAGGAGAUUCAACCACCCUACAAGCCAAAGGCGUGCGGCCGAAAUGCUGAGAACUUCGACAAGUUUUUCACCCGCCACCCACCAGUGCUCACUCCACCCGACCAGGAGGUCAUCCGGAACAUUGACCAAUCAGAAUUUGAAGGCUUUUCCUAUGUUAACUCAGUUUUUUCAAAAGAGGAGGAGAAGGACUAAGGAUGGGCCUGUCCAAGGACUAGGCAGCCCCCACCUGUGCGUCACCUCUCAUUGGGUGUCCCCGUCCAGCCAGCCCUCUCUGCGUGUUUAUAACACCAUUCUGCUGAGUGUGUCCGCACAACUCUCUCACCCUGCGUGUAUGACCAUCACCUCGCUGUGUGGAGAGCCCUGUAGUCAAAUUUCUCGUCUCUAUUAGCAAGCAAAGAAAAAAAAAGUGUUCAACUGUUUAAAAAAAAACCAAAAAAAGAACAAAUGUACCCAAUCAUUAGAUAGAGCAUGGAUAUUUGCCACUAACAGUGUAAGCUGGGCAACCCUUAAUGAGACCAACUCUAUUUUUAUGGCAAACCUAUCAUAUAUCAUCCAUGUACUGUACCAAGUGUUUCUCUUGCUGUGUCCGUUCUCUAUGAUCAUUUCUGCUUCCGGCUGUGGUGGGUGUGGCUUGGCAUUUACAGCAUGGGACCAUAUCCAAUCAACCAACGACAGCCCUCCCAAAAGAACAUAUCAAUAACUGUGAGAUUGUAACAGGUUCUGAUGGAUUGUUGAAGGAGACCCUAAAUAGGGAUUGGCCCCCUCUUUGUCUAUUUUUUAAGGCAAAAAAAGGUUUUCGAAUGGUCAAAGUCACCAUAUAGGGUUUUGCCUCAUUUUUAAAGUUUGUGUUGCUCUGAUCGUGUUCUGCAUCGCCAUAAACCUCCUAAUAAUGGUUUAUGCCAUAAUGGAAGGAGUUGCAGACCCAUUGGGUCUUUCCAUUUUGUAAGUGUAACACCGACCCCUUGUUGAGUGCUGACAAGUUACACCGCAUUGCUUGACGCUUUCUUCCCCCCAAGAGGGUAAGUGUGAGUGCUCUUUUAGCCAAGCCAUUGAACAGCACCCUUCCAAAUAUCUUCUGCUGUGGUUGAGGGGACUCUAUUUCUAAAUGAGCCAAACAGUAUCGACAACAAACUUCAGCAGAUGUUCCCAUAUGACUGUACCCCCCCCCCCGCAGACAUCACCAUCCUUUCUGCAUGAGCGAAGGAGAUAAUGCACCAACUCUGGAACAGCCUGAGGCAUCUCUACAAAUUGUCCUUUCUGCAUGCAGCUUUGGCCAUGCAUUAACCCAUUACCUUCUGCAUGUUGUUCAGCAGCAGGAGUCCGUGUGUGAGCCUGCGGGUAUUGGUUACUGACCUUGGUUUAUGCAAAAACCUGAAAAAAAUGUCAUGCUCUCAUGUGUUGUGUCAAAUGAAGGUUCUACGCUGGCA